ACUCGUGAACCUCGUGCUCACACAGUCACUCGAAACUCCGCUGAGCUCGAUCCUUAUCUCGGCGACUCGGCGUCGGAGCCCACGACCGCUUCCGCCCCAGUCCCCACCGCCCUCGACCCCGAUUCCCCCAAUCCCUGCCGCGACCGCUGAACCCUAGCCUACUCCGGCCAUCUGCCGCUGGCCCCGGCGAUCCCCCGCCAUGGCCUCCCCCGAGGGAACCACGUGGGUCUUCGACUGUCCCCUCAUGGACGACCUCGCGGUGGCCGCCGACUUCGCGGCAGCCCCCGCGGGGGGAUUUUUCUGGGCAGCGCCGCCGUCGCUACAGCCGCAGGUGGUGCAGGCGCCGGUCCAGUCUGUCGUUGCCGCGUCGGCUCCCAACCCAUGUGUGGAAAUCAGUAGCUCUGUGGACUGUGGUCAGGGAAAAGAACAGCCAACAAAUAAACGUCCUAGGUCAGAAAGUACCGCAGAACCAAGCACAAAAGCAUCCAGGGAGAAAAUUAGAAGGGAUAAGCUGAACGAGAGAUUCCUGGAAUUGGGUGCCAUUUUGGAGCCAGGGAAAACUCCUAAAAUGGACAAGUCAGCUAUAUUAAAUGAUGCUAUUCGUGUAGUAGGUGAAUUGCGUAGCGAAGCAAAAGAGCUCAAGGAUUCAAAUGAGAGCCUACAAGAGAAGAUUAAAGAGCUAAAGGCUGAGAAGAAUGAGCUGCGAGACGAGAAGCAAAGGCUGAAGGCCGAGAAGGAGAGCCUGGAGCAGCAGAUCAAGUUCCUGAAUGCCCGCCCAAGUCUGGUACCACACCACCCAGUGAUCUCAGCCUCUGCCUUCACUGCUCCCCAGGGGCCGGCAGUCGCCGGGCACAAGCUGAUGAUGCCUGUGCUUGGCUACCCUGGAUUCCCGAUGUGGCAGUUCAUGCCGCCUUCUGAUGUUGACACCUCUGAUGACCCCAAGUCUUGCCCACCUGUGGCGUAAGCAAGUGAAGAGGCGAUGCUGCCCUCCAUUGAUUCAAGUCUAGAUCGUGAUCAGUCUGCAGUGUUGUUGGUGUAGUUGACUCCACUCUCCAGAAUGGAAGGGAAGGUUAUAUGUGUCGGAUGGUGACAUGGGGUGAUCUGAUGACCCCUUUGUAUAUUAUAUGGUAAAUGAAUAAAUUCCGUGACCAGUUGCAAAUGAGGAUUAGCAGACUAGCUCAUGUCUAUUCCUGCCUUUUUGUCGUAUAAACCACGUUGUGGCUCUGGUUAGGUUAUGGCAAUGUUUCUUGGACCUGAGCUGGCAUCGUGUUCCUCA